UUGAUGGCAGCGGCAGCUGGGACCGCAGCGGCGCCGGGCCCGGAGAGCCGCAAGCAGCGGCCGGAGCGCGCAGCCCCACGCCCGGGCCCCAGACGCUGCGGACGCCCGGAGAGGCAGUUCCGGCGCCCUGACGCCUCCCUCCGUCCCCAGCGUACCCCCAGCCCCCUCCGCAGAGGAGUCGCAGCGUGAGCGCCCCUCGGCCGGCUCAGGACCAGGUACCCUCCUCCCGCCGCCGCCACAGCAGCCCGCGGAGCGGGCGGGGUCUCUGGAGGGGACACAGCUCACAGGACUAAGGACCAAAGGCAUUUCUGGGCCCUGAGAUCCUCCAUCUCUGCCCCCAGCCAUGAGCAGGCGUGUGGUUCGGCAGAGCAAGUUCCGCCAUGUGUUUGGGCAGGCAGCAAAGGCUGACCAGGCCUACGAGGACAUCCGUGUGUCCAAGGUCACGUGGGACAGCUCCUUCUGUGCCAUCAACCCCAAAUUCCUGGCCAUCAUUGUGGAGGCUGGAGGUGGAGGUGCCUUCAUCGUCCUUCCUCUGGCCAAGACAGGGCGUGUGGAUAAGAACUACCCACUGGUUACUGGGCACACUGCCCCUGUGCUGGACAUCGACUGGUGCCCACACAAUGACAACGUCAUCGCCAGUGCUUCAGAUGACACCACCGUCAUGGUGUGGCAGAUUCCAGACUAUACCCCCAUGCGCAACAUUACGGAACCCAUCAUCACACUUGAGGGCCACUCCAAGCGUGUGGGCAUCCUCUCCUGGCACCCCACUGCCCGGAAUGUCCUGCUCAGUGCAGGUGGUGACAAUGUGAUCAUCAUCUGGAACGUGGGCACUGGGGAGGUGCUCCUGAGUCUAGAGGACAUGCACCCGGACGUCAUCCACAGCGUGUGCUGGAACAGCAAUGGUAGCCUACUAGCCACCACCUGCAAGGACAAGACUCUGCGCAUCAUCGACCCCCGCAAGGGCCAGGUGGUGACGGAGCGAGCCCGGCCUCACGAGGGCGCCCGCCCGCUGCGGGCCGUCUUCACCGCAGACGGGAAGCUACUGAGCACCGGCUUCAGCAGGAUGAGUGAGCGGCAACUCGCGCUCUGGGACCCGGAGAGGUUUGCGGCCCACGAGGGAAUGAGGCCCAUGCGGGCGGUCUUCACGCGCCAGGGUCAUAUCUUCACUACGGGCUUCACCCGCAUGAGCCAGCGAGAGCUUGGCCUGUGGGACCCGAACAACUUCGAGGAGCCAGUGGCACUGCAGGAGAUGGACACAAGCAACGGGGUCCUACUACCCUUCUAUGAUCCUGACUCCAGCAUCGUCUACCUAUGCGGCAAGGGCGACAGCAGCAUUCGGUACUUUGAGAUUACUGAUGAACCACCUUUCGUGCACUACCUGAACACGUUCAGCAGCAAGGAGCCGCAGAGGGGCAUAGGUUUCAUGCCCAAGCGGGGACUUGAUGUCAGCAAAUGCGAGAUCGCCCGGUUCUACAAGUUGCACGAAAGAAAGUGUGAACCCAUCAUCAUGACUGUACCCCGAAAGUCAGACCUGUUCCAGGACGACCUAUACCCAGAUACGCCGGGCCCCGAGCCCGCCCUAGAAGCGGAGGAGUGGCUCUCCGGCCAGGACGCAGAUCCCGUGCUCAUCUCGCUGAGGGACGGUUAUGUGCCCCCCAAGCUCCGCGAGCUCCGUGUCACCAAGCGCAACAUCCUGGACGUGCGCCCGCCCUCCGGCCCCCGCCGCAGUCAGUCGGCCAGCGACGCCCCCUUGGCGCAGCACACUCUGGAGACGCUGCUGGAGGAGAUCAAAGCCCUUCGCGAGCAGGUGCAGGCCCAGGAGCAGCGCAUCACGGCCCUGGAGAACAUGCUGUGCGAGCUGGUGGACGGCACGGACUAGCGCCACGCGCUGGGGAAGCCCCGAGCCCGGAGGACUAGGCCGGCCCGGCCCAGCUCCUGGUCCGGAGCCCCGGACCCCGUCUCUCUGGGCUGGGGUCGCGGGCGGGACUGGAAAGGAACUGCGCCUCGCGGGAGUCUGGGACAAACCGUGCGUCGUGUAGACUUGCGUCUGCAGGCGCCCUGUCAGCGCCUCGUCCAGGACUCGACAGGAACCAGCCUUGGGAGGCCCAGGGUGACGGGGCCUCAGCAAUGGUGCUGCAGAGGCGUGACCCCUCUGUACCCCACCCAGGGCAGCGGAAGUGCGUAUUACCGCGAUUCUUGGGGAUACUGGGGAGCUACGGCUUGACCUCAAAGGGGUGGCCAUCCGAUGGGUCUCCCUGACAGUCUGGGGGAAAUUACGCUUCCUCCUCUAAUCAACUCACUUGAUUGCACCACCCCAAGUACUAAAACGUACGGGCGUCACCCCAAUUCUACAGACCUAACAACCCCAUGGCUCUGCCGGGCCCACUAGCUGAGCGCUACACCCUGCAGUCUAUGGCAGAGGGUUCUCUUCCUCCUUUCCACUGCGGGGGACAGGGCGGCGCCCCCACUGGAGCCCUAACAAGAACUGGCAUGAGGAAGCCCGUUCACACACCCCUCCCCACCCCAGACACACUGUCCCUGGUCCUCUGCUGUGGCCUCGACUCUAGGAGGGAAAUGGGAUGUACUGAAUGAAAUAUUUUACUGAGA